AUGCUCGGCAAAAUAGCCCUCGAAGAGGCCUGGUCUACGCCCGAGGCGCUGGCCUCGUCCGGACUGGUCACGUCGCUCGCGCCCAAGGGGGUCAUCGGCCCGGACCUGGUCGCCAGCCUGCUCGACGUGCAUGGCACACGGCUGCAGCAGAUGGAUGCAAACGGCGUCGACCGCAUGGUGCUCUCGCUGUCUUCCCCGGGGCCGCAGGGCGUAGCGGACCCGGGACAAGCCGAGGCCCUCGCGGCUGCCGCCAAUGAUUGUCUGGCUGAUGAGGUCGCUAAGAACCCGGCAAGGUUUGCAGGGAUGGUUAGUGUUAGUAUGCAUAACCCGGCGCAGGCGGCCGCUGAGGUCAGACGGUGUGUGGUCGGGGGUGGUAAUAAGGGGAGGUUUGUGGGUGUUAUUGUUAAUGAUUAUCAGAGUGUGCUUGUGAGCUCGAAGGAUGGGGAUGGUGGUGGGAAGGGGAAGAUUGGGAUGAGGUUUUAUGAUGUAGGAACCGAGUACGAUGAGUUUUGGAGGGCAGCAGAGGAGUUGGAUUUGCCCGUGUACAUCCAUCCGAGGGAGGCAACGCCAGAGGUGUUUGACCUCAUGUGGAAGGACCGGCCGUGGUUGGCGUACUCGGCGCUCGGGUACGCGCACAGGGUCGGGAUGCAUAUGCUGGGCAUUGUGACCUCUGGCGUGUUGGACCGGUUUCCGAAGCUGAAGAUUGUUAUUGGCCACAUGGGGGAGCAUAUCCCUUAUGAUCUCUACCGCAUCGACCACAAGCUCAACCGGGCACGGUUCCCAAACAUGCCCAUGGCAAAGGACAAGCUUGUCAGAGACUACUUUGGCACGCAGCUAUUCAUCACCACGUCUGGACACUUUUCGACGCCAGCGCUGCUCUGCGCCAUGCAGGAGAUUGGAGCCGAGUCCAUCAUGUUCUCGAUUGACUACCCCUUCGAGAGCAUCCCAAACGGGUGUGUGUGGUAUGACGAGCAUGUACCGAUCAGUAACCGGGAUCUGGUAGACAUUGGCCGGAACAAUGCCUUGCGAGUGUUCAGUCGGCUGAGAGAAGGGCCGCAUGGCCUCAAGGAAAAGGGGCCCCGGGAGUGUGGUGUAGGUGGUCUUGGUCUCAGGAAGGGAGACGAGGGAGAGGUGGAAUACGGCCUAUACAAUAAGAGUUGGGAUCAGAGGUUGGAGAGACGCUGA